AGGGAUCGUAAAAGACAGCUAGCAAUGAAGGGGGAGGCUCACCUACCAGAAGUAGAGAUCGUAUCACGUUCUUGCCCUUUUUAGGGUCUGUUUCUCUCAUCCCCUUCCUCUCUUCAAACAUAGUCUCUUCUCCUUCUUCAACUUUCUCUUCUGCUCCUUUAACUUUUGCUUCAUGUCUUCUUCCAUUUUAGAUUGAGUUACCUUCAGGUUAGGGUUUAGGAGUAGGUUUUUGGCUUUGUUUCUGUUCCUCUUGUUCGCCAUUGUCUGAUUUCACGAGGAUUUUGCACAGUUUUGAGGAGUUAUUGCUUUUGCUGAAGACUAGGGCUUCUGCUUCGUUUCGUUUGGUUUCCUGUUCGGAGUUUUGGGCGGGAAAUCAGGUUCUAGGAACAGGAGUUGAACGAGAUUUCACUGAAGUUAAAGCUUUAGGACUUUUUUUUUUUUUACUUCAAUUCUUCUUCGCAGUUUGGAUUCGGAUUUCGGAGUUGUUCUCUCUACAAGUUGGUGGUCAGUUCAAACUUCAAACAGGCCAUACUGGAAUAACCAAGAAGAAUCUUAAGGAGAGACCAUCAUCCUUGCGAGGUGCUCAUUUUCUAUUUCGAAGUGAGAAAGACAAAGAUGAUUGGGUCGGGAUUUAUAGAUGAUCUAGACAAUGACCUAUGCGGGGAUUUCUUCGACCACAUCGACGAUUUGUUGGAUUUUCCUAUGGAGGACGUCGAGGGUGUUGGUGGUGGUGAUUUUGGAGGGGAAUGCAACGGUUUCCAAGGUACUUGUUGGCCUCCUAUGGCAGACGCUUUGGCAGGUCCUACUGCCUCCGUUAUCUCCGGCAAAAAUGGCGUCACCACCACUACUGAACUUCCCACAGAGCUGUCUGUUCCGUAUGAAGAUAUUGCUCAGCUGGAAUGGUUGUCCAAUUUCGUCGAAGAUUCGUUUUCUGCCGGGAGUAUUAUCGUCGAAACAGACUCGUCCUCCAUCGGCGGCAACGUCAUCAACAACGAGAACAGUAGCAACAAUGACAAGGGCAACAAAGACUCUCAUCAGUUCCAGACGUCCAGCCCAGUCUCUGUUCUGGAGAGCAGUAGCUCCAGCGCAGGCGGGAACGGUAUUGGGAGUGGAAAUAGUAGUGGUGGUUUCAGGACCAUGCCUCUCAGUCCCGAGAUGUUAGUGCCAGGACGUGCUCGGAGCAAGCGCCCACGCCCUGCUACCUUCAACCCUCGUCCACACAUCUCCCUCAUCUCCCCGACCUCCUCUGCCACUGAGGACCCCUAUCCCUUCUCCACCUUAGAAUCCGCUUCCGAACUAGACAAUUACGCGGAGUCCUUUCUUGUGAACAAGAUGCAUUUCGAACCCAAUGAUUUUAUUCCGACUUUUGCUUCGGAGACGGACCACCAUCACCAGCAGCAGACGAAGAAGAAGAAAAAGAAGAAGCUGCUACCAUAUCCGGCAUCCUCAGGUUCUGCAGGUGCCACGGAUCAGCCCCCUCAGCCAGCGGCUGCCGUUAGGAAAUGCUUGCAUUGCGAGAUAACAAAGACCCCCCAGUGGAGAGCGGGACCGUUGGGCCCCAAGACCCUCUGCAAUGCAUGCGGCGUCAGAUACAAGUCCGGCCGGCUCUUCCCAGAAUACAGGCCCGCAGCCAGCCCAACGUUCGUGUCGUCGUUGCACUCCAACUCCCACAAGAAGGUGAUAGAGAUGAGGAUCAAGGCUACCAACCAGUCAUCCUUCUCGCCUGCAACUACUCCAGCGACACCAGAAUUGGUGCCCAAUAACAACCCUUCGCUUGAUUACAUCUGAGGCGGAAAAGGAAGUAUGCACCAAGCCUCCGGACCUGCCAGGAGAAGUUCUCAAUUUUUCUUCUUUUCCCCUUUUGUGGGUUCUUCUUUAGUCAGUGAAUUUGUUUGUUCUUUGGUUUUUUGUAUAUAUAAUGGGGAGGAAAACGAGGAUAGGAGCAAAAUGGAUGACCAAAUUCUUAGCGCUUGAGUUAAAAACAGAGGAAAAAGAAAGGUAGACGACCAAGUCUGAAAGUUAGAGAGAAAGAGGUUAGUGGCAUUAGGGAAAUUAUAGAUAGUAGGUGUAUGUGCUUAGGUUUAGGUAUUAGUUGUUGAAAUGUCUUCUUUUGUUCCUUUAAUUUUUGGGAAUUCUUCUUUUUGGCAGUUGAUUUUGUUAUCAUAAAAGGAAUUCAUAUUAGAUCC